GUAGCUUUAAAUUUCAUUUUUGGCAUUAAUUUUAGGACAAAAUUUUAUUUUUUUUUUAACCACCAUGGCGCCCUCACACUUAUUUAAGCAAUUUGAGAUGAUGACAUCGCCGACGCCGCCAAAAACAGACGAAAAACGGAUAACGUUGGUGGACAACAAAUUGCGAUCGAUUCUGCUGGAGAGCAACUCCAAACGGCUGCUGCGUCAACAGGCUGGAUUGGAUAGCUCAAGGAAGCGGCGCAGACCGCAGAAGGUGGCCGUGCCGAAUGCUUAUAGAUUGCAGGCAGAAUACAACCGCAAUCGGAAGCAAAGACAGCUGCGCUUGAAGGGAUCGCUGCGACCGCUGCGGAAACAGGUAAACACACCACAUCCUGUGCCAAACUUCAGUGCGUUGCAUCGGCGUUGGGAGCAACGGAAUAGACUGCGUCAGUUGCGCUCCGCCCAACAAGUGACCGAACCAAUAACACCGCGAACACUGCUCAGUUCCCAGAGGUUCAGGGAAAAGUGGGCGAGUAAGCAAAUCCAUUGGAAACGGCAAGAGGAACAGGAGUUAACCCAUCGUCCCAAUCUGUGCAGCAAAUUUUUCGACCCAUGGCGCAAGCGACCGUUUGUGCCACGCAUCACUUCCACCAUUGUCCAGACGAAGCCUUUUAAGCUGCGAUCUGUGGAACGAGGUGUUCUCCGCAAGAAAUUCGAUAUGUGGCAGAUGGGAGAGCAGAAUUCGCGGGAGCAACUCGAGACUGGGGAGUCGACGCGUCGCUGGCAGAACGAGUAUCGAGAGGCGCGCAAACUGACCCAGUUCAAGGCUCGACCGAAUCCAUGGAAACGCACCAAGGCACCAGCAAAUUAAUGAUUACAAAUACAAAUUCCAAAAGUUA